AUGCGGGCUAUCGCUGAUGACCUUGCUCUUGCUCAGUGUCCAGUCACUGAUGAAAAUUUGGUCGUGUAUGUGUUGACGCAGCUUGGAGAUGAGUACAACUCCAUUAUCUCUGCAGUCCGCGUUCGUGAAACGCCCGUCUCGUGGGGUGAGCUGGCGGAUAUUCUAACUGACCAUGAACGCCAGUUGAAGGUUGCUGUUGAUACACGCCAAUCACUAUUGGCAACAGCUAAUGCCACUCAGCGGGCCUCGUCCUCCCGGAACAACCAGCAAUCGAACUAUGGUCAGAAAUAUCACAAUAAUACUGCUAAUUCCGACACCAACCGUACGUCUUGGCAACAAUGGGGGAGUAAUCUCACCUCCCUUCCUCCGUGGAGUUUUUCAAACUUUUUCGAUCAGGACAUGCACCUUCAACUCUGA